UAUAUAAAAUAUAUGUAAUUUACAUAAAGUAUCCAAUAGAAUGUUUGGCAGAUGUGAUUGAUAUAAAUUGAUGGCGCUCUCGUUGAUAAAACGGAGUUUGAUAUUGCGAUAGUAGAACGCUCCAAUUGUCGAGGUCAUAUUUGAUGAUCGAAUGCAAUGAAAGGAGAGAUCUACAACUAUAACACACUUGAAACAUUCAUUCACAAACGAGUCCUUUGUGACGAUCGGUGUAGAAAUAGCGUUGCGGCUUGUGCAUGUUCAGCCAGUAGAAAAGCUCCGACACUGAGCGGACAGGAUGUGAACUUUCCGAUGAUACUAGCAGCAUAAAAGAGAAAAAGAGAGGAAUUAUCAUUAUUAUUAUAUUAUUAUUAUUUAUCAGAAAAAACAAAUUUUUUAAAAUAAUUUAUUAAUGGCUUUUGACUGAUUAGUCGCAAAAAUCUUAUGCGAUAUUAAAAUUGUGUAAGAUAGAUAUUGUGUACAAUCUCACAUAACGCGAAGUUACACAACGCACGGGAUUGCUCUCUGUGCGACUGUAAUUAAAAGGAAACGUUUGAUUUCAGGCGGUAUACAAUAUUGCAGUAUACACUGAUCUGGAUAUCAGGUGUAUAUUAUUAUGAGAAAUACUGAAAUUACUUACUCUCCGCGGAACACGAAGAGAUUAUUGUUAAUUACUUAGGAAGCAUUGGAUAUACUUUGACUAAGUUACAAUUAUACGUAUGUUUACCGUCACGCAUCUCGCUUGCGGCUGGCGCGCAUUAUAUGUAUACAAAGUAUAUCACAAAUUCUUCUUGGAAUUUCAAACAAUCGCGAGCUUUUUCCUCUUUUAAAUUUGGAUCCUUUCAAAUUUUCUUCACCAAGAAUCUAUCAAGAAUAAUGAGAGAUACCAAUCAUUUUAAUAGAAGCUCCUAAUUCUCUGUAAAAGAAGAAAUAAUAAAUAUGUAAUCUUAAGAUUGAAAUAUUUAGUAUAAGUUUUUUGAAAUAUUUUUUCGAAGAAAACAAAUUUCAUAAUUAAAACUGUAAAUAAAAUUUUAUUAUGUAUAACAUUUAUUCUCUUUGAAUUUCCGAUGUUUAAUUAAUUUCUUUGUUGUUCGUACAAUCCGCCGGUAGUUGAUUUUUAGGGAGGUAUGUCUUUGCCAGCUGAUUAUUAUCUCCCACCUAAUGCCCGGAGGAUUCGUAUAAAUUCUCGAUGAUCUUACGAAGCUGCGCACUUAGUAAUUUUAGGCGAGUGAGAGAACAUUUUUGGCUAAAUACAAUUCAAUUGUGUGUGCGUGAAAUAAAAAAAAUGAUGAAUGAAAAUUUAAUACUUAUCUGUGCCUCUUUAAUCGUCACGCAACUCGUCGUAGUUCAUUGUAAUGACGACAAUAUAGAUUGGACUACUGUUCACGAUGAGUUGAGAAAAUUGGCUGGAAAUCUGCGUAAGAAGUGUACCGGUGAAAUUGGCAUAACAGAAGAUGUAUUAGAAGAGGCAGAAUUAGGUACCUUCCCAGAAGAAAACAAUAAAUUGGCAUGUUACUUCAAGUGCGUUAUGGAAAAGGGAGGAGUGAUGAAAAAGGAUGGCAAGAUCAAUUAUAAACUUUUGGGAAAAAUGAUGCCGGCGGCAUACAGGCACAUUGGACAAGAGAUGCUCGACGAAUGUCGCGAUAUAAGUGGUAAAGACAAGUGUAUCAUAGCUCUCGACUUCAACAAAUGCAUGUACAAGGCAAAUCCAGUGGCAUACUUUGUCAUCUAAAUAUUGAUAAUGUAAAGGAAUAAGAACCCAGAGUAUUAUCCAUAAGUUUAACAAAAUAAAGUACUGAAAAAUUUUU